UGUUUCCCGAGUAUGAGCCUUGCCCAGGUGAAAUGGUGACACACAUGUCUUUUCAUGCCUGGCUCCCUUGGUUCUGUGUUACAUAUGGUGCCUGGUUCCAUUCUUGUAUGCGGUCCCAUCAGUAGGCUGCAUCGUCCUUUUGUACAUUGGCUGCCCUGCCAUGGGUGGUUUCCGGUUUACAAUGAUCCCACAGCCCAGCCACAAGAACACAAGCGUGCUGUGUGCAUCUUCCUUUCUGCUGCCUACCCUGCUCAGUUUGCUUGCUCUCUACACGGCUGUAUUUUUCUCUAGAAAGGUAGCGGUUGUCCUGGAUAUCAGUCUUUGCAAUCGUCCGUGACUACAUGUGCAGUGUGGGGUUGCAGCCCUGCCUGCCUGUGCUGCGUGGGACGGAUGAGCGAAUGCCUGGAGUAGUGCCUAGUCCAGGUUGGCAGCCUUCCCUAGUCUUCCCUGAUCUCUCAAUUGCUAGUGCUGUGGUCUGCAGCCUUGUGAGUGGCAGCUGGCCAGAGGAAAGCCAGAGAUGACUGUAUGGACUCCCUCUGUCUCCUCGGACCAAAUCGAACAACUGCACCGGAGGUUCAAGCAGCUGAGCGGGGACCAGCCCACCAUCCGCAAGGAGAACUUCAACAAUGUUCCUGACCUGGAGCUCAACCCAAUCCGAUCCAAAAUCGUCCGUGCCUUCUUUGACAACAGGAACCUGCGCAAGGGAUCCAGUGGCCUGGCCGACGAAAUCAACUUCGAGGACUUCCUGACCAUCAUGUCGUACUUCCGGCCCAUUGACACCACCCUGGGCGAGGAGCAAGUGGAGCUGUCCCGGAAGGAGAAGCUGAAAUUUCUGUUCCAUAUGUACGACUCGGACAGCGAUGGCCGCAUUACCCUGGAAGAGUAUAGAAAUGUGGUGGAGGAACUUCUUUCUGGAAACCCUCACAUUGAGAAGGAGUCAGCUCGAUCCAUUGCAGAUGGAGCCAUGAUGGAGGCGGCCAGUGUGUGUGUGGGACAGAUGGAACCGGACCAGGUAUAUGAGGGGAUCACCUUCGAGGACUUUCUGAAGAUCUGGCAGGGGAUCGACAUCGAGACCAAGAUGCACAUUCGCUUCCUCAACAUGGAGACCAUCGCCCUCUGCCACUGACCAUGUUGGAGGGGUGGUUGGAAGCUGGGCGUGGCCGCAGCCCUUUGCUCAGCCCUUUGCCUAAGCUGCUUUAACAGUCAGCGCCCCUUCAUUUAUCCUUCCCGUGGGUGUGGUGUCUGGGACUCUGCUGUUUUUAUCUCCAAUGUCAAUAAAGGUUUCUUAAUGA